AGCGGCGGUGGAGGGGGAGCCGCUAGCGGCGCUGGAGGGGAGGGGGCGCGGCUGCCUUUAUAUUACUGUUCCAACGGCCGGGCACCCGAGUCAGUCUGGUGCUACCAUCGCUUAGUGAAACAUCACCUCUUGUACAUACCUUUCGUAAAUCCUAUUACUAAUUUAUCAACAUGUGUGACGACGAUGUUGCUGCCCUCGUUGUGGACAAUGGGUCCGGUAUGUGCAAGGCCGGCUUUGCCGGAGACGACGCUCCCAGGGCCGUCUUCCCCUCAAUCGUCGGCCGACCAAGGCACCAGGGUGUCAUGGUCGGUAUGGGACAGAAGGACAGCUACGUUGGUGACGAAGCCCAGUCCAAGAGAGGUAUCCUUACCCUGAAGUACCCCAUUGAACACGGUAUUGUCACCAACUGGGACGACAUGGAGAAGAUCUGGCACCACACCUUCUACAAUGAACUCCGAGUCGCCCCUGAGGAACACCCUGUCCUGCUCACAGAGGCUCCCCUGAACCCUAAAGCCAACAGGGAAAAGAUGACACAGAUUAUGUUUGAGACCUUCAACACACCCGCCAUGUACGUCGCCAUCCAGGCUGUCCUUUCCCUGUAUGCCUCUGGUCGUACCACUGGUAUCGUCUUGGAUUCUGGUGAUGGUGUCUCCCACACAGUCCCCAUCUAUGAAGGUUAUGCUCUGCCCCAUGCCAUCCUCCGUCUGGAUCUCGCUGGCCGUGACCUCACAGACUACCUCAUGAAGAUCCUGACCGAGCGUGGCUACAGCUUCACCACCACUGCUGAGCGUGAAAUUGUCCGUGACAUCAAGGAGAAGCUCUGCUACGUUGCCCUGGACUUCGAGCAGGAGAUGGCCACCGCUGCCUCAUCAAGCUCCCUGGAGAAGUCCUACGAGCUUCCUGACGGCCAGGUCAUCACCAUUGGUAAUGAGAGGUUCCGUUGCCCUGAGGCUCUCUUCCAGCCUUCCUUCCUGGGUAUGGAAGCCUGUGGUAUCCACGAGACCACCUACAACAGCAUCAUGAAGUGUGAUGUUGAUAUCCGUAAGGACCUCUACGCCAACACUGUCCUGUCUGGUGGUACCACCAUGUACCCUGGUAUUGCUGACCGUAUGCAGAAGGAAAUCACUGCCCUUGCCCCAUCAACAAUGAAGAUCAAGAUCAUUGCUCCCCCAGAAAGGAAAUACUCCGUAUGGAUCGGUGGUUCCAUCCUUGCCUCCCUCUCCACCUUCCAGCAAAUGUGGAUCUCCAAGCAAGAGUACGACGAGUCUGGCCCUUCCAUUGUCCACAGGAAGUGCUUCUAAAUUUUUUCACCAUGACUUUAAGAUUAUUGUUCUACAUUCCUAUGGCAAGGGGUGUGCCGGACAGAAGUGGCAGGCGGCCAUCUCAUCAGACAUCGUCACCAUGCAGUUGUAUUAUAAAAGUGAUUCCAUCUUUUGUUUAUGUUUCAUUCUUUUUACAAACUGUUAGGCUGCCUUUAUUUUAUUUGAACAUCUAGUAUUUAAGGUCACCUUCAGUCUGGUGGGUUCAUUUUUAAACUUGCUUUUAAAUGGACCGUUUAAGCUCAACUUCAUCAUGUAAGAUAUUUUGGAAAGACGUCAAACAUUUUCAGGGAAUUUUCAUGCGUGUAAUGGCUGUUUCCUAAAUAUUUAAAGCAUUCAGGGUUCAUGUGAAUCCUUUCAUCGUGAUCACUAAGUGCACUAGGCCAAAGUAUUAAUUUAUUCCCAUGUGCAGAAGUGUGAAUUCAUUGAUGGGAAAUAAACAUUAUCAAUUAUUUAAUAA